GGCAACUACAACGUGAUGGGGUUAGGUCUACCAGAUCCCAUCCCCUCGUUUUAAUGGCGGAGAUAACAAGGGAAAAUAGACCAUUCGAAAAAGAACUGAUCCCAUUUUUGCACUAAGCCAUGGACACCGAGUUUCUCCGAACCCUAGAUCGUCAGAUUCUCUUGGGUGUCUUCGUCGCUUUCGUCGCCGUCGGUGCCGGUGCUGCUUAUUUUCUUUCUUCCUCCAAGAAACGCAGAGGGUGUUUGGAUCCAGAGAAUUUCAAGGAGUUUAAGCUUGUUAAGAAGCAACAACUCAGUCACAAUGUGGCCAAGUUCAUAUUUGAGCUCCCAACUUCUACCUCUGUGUUGGGUCUUCCUAUUGGACAACACAUCAGUUGCAGGGGCAAGGAUGCUCAAGGAGAGGAUGUGAUUAAGCCAUACACUCCGACAACGUUAGAUUCCGACAUUGGACGCUUCGAGCUUGUCAUUAAGAUGUAUCCGCAAGGAAGAAUGUCUCAUCAUUUCAGGGAGAUGCGUGUUGGAGACCAUCUUGCCGUAAAGGGACCUAAGGGCAGGUUCAAGUAUCAACCAGGUCAGGUUAGGGCAUAUGGAAUGCUUGCUGGAGGUUCAGGCAUCACUCCCAUGUUCCAAGUCGCAAGAGCGAUUCUAGAAAACUCAACAGACAAGACAAAGGUGCACCUCAUUUACGCCAAUGUCACUUACGAAGACAUUCUCUUAAGGGAGGAACUGGAGAGUCUUACCGCCAAUUACCCAGAGCAAUUCAAAAUCUUCUAUGUUUUGAACCAGCCACCGGAGGUAUGGGAUGGUGGUGUUGGAUUCGUAUCAAAGGAAAUGAUUCAGACUCAUUGCCCUGCUCCAGCAUCCGAUAUUCAAAUCCUAAGAUGUGGACCACCGCCGAUGAACAAGGCCAUGGCUGCAAACCUUGAAGCUCUGGGCUACUCUCCAGAGAUGCAGUUCCAGUUCUGAUUACAAUAUCUACUUUUGAUUGCUCCAGAAUGGAACUGUUUAAAAACUCAUUUCUCCGAUCAAUAAUUUGAAGUUACAAUCCCAACUUGAUAGUUGUGUCUUAAUUGAGUGAGAGUUGUCUUUCUGUUGCAAGCUUCAUAACUCCUUGUCCAUUAUUAUGUGUUUGUUAUCCUAAUGGAAAGUUUCGAUUUAUUGGUUCA